AUGGACCUCUUCGACUGGGCCGUUGGAAAGGACUGGUUGACCAUCGGCAGCGUAGGCAAAGCGCGCAAGUUGAGCUGGAAGCGCUACGACGAUACAUACGACACGGAUGUUGAGACGUUCCGCGCCUUCGAGAACGCGGGUGUUUUGCCAUAUGCCGAUGUCUUGCGAGCUGAGAACAAGAGUCAGUCUACGCAGGCCAGUCUUGCUCCUCAUCCUUAUGAUGCUGUUACUCUGAUGAAGGGAAAGGUUAAGAAGGAGCAGAAUGGUGUGGCUACCAAUGGCGUCAACCACGAAGGGUUGAAAAAUGGCCUCCAUAACGUGCAUGUUGACAAUGGGGAUCUGGCUGUGAAGGUCUGA